AUGAUUGGCACUCGGCGAAGUACUAAAAGCACCUCCUUUCAGCACCUGUACGGGUCACAAAACCGCACGCUGCGAGGUGCAAAUGGUCAAAAGGGAUUUUCCCAUCAGCGGAAUGGCACGGCUCGUGAGGAGCAGCAGUCAACCAAACCUCCAGGGCCACGUAACUCCGUUUUGAUCAAUCGUGUGGUUGAUGUGUUGCCGCUGUUUAGCAUCAACGGCACCGUUAGGUAUAUUGAGGCCGUAGGGGGACGUAGUGCGUGGACUGCAGAGGCGGAUGGGUGCAUUCGCGUGAGGAGUGUACCAAAGGGAACGGAAGUGCGAACACUGGAAGGAAGGGAAGGAUGUUUCUGCACGUGCAUAUUAUAUGUAGAGUCAACGAAUGCCAUGUGGACAACCUUCAGCGAUGGCUUCAUUCGCGUUUUCGACUUCAAUACCCAUGCGCUGCUCUCUGAGUUCAUUAAACAUGACAAAGCUAUUGAAUGUAUAUGGGAGGUGGAGGGAUAUGUAUUUACGGGUGGUCGUGACUGGCAAAUAUAUCAAUGGAAGCCGGACACUUACGUCUGCGAACGACGACUCUCCGGUCACAAUAAUACUGUUCGGUGCCUCUGCCAGUACGCUGGGGAUACCGGAGCUGUCCUCUUCUCUGGAAGCGAUGAUGGCACUGUACGGGCGUGGGAUCCAUACCUUCCCGCGCGGAAAGGUAAGGACGGGGGCCCUAUGAUGCAUAUUUUUACUGGACACACACAGGGCGUGCUUUCUCUAGAACUUGUAACAGUCAGCAAUCAGUUAUGGUCUGGGGGCGAGGACACCACCAUACGUGUUUACGACCUUCAAACGCUUGGGUGUGUUAGUGUGCUAAAGCACCACAGAGCACCCGUGAGUUCCAUCAAGUUGAUAGGAAUUCGUGUGUGGAGUGCUGACAAGUAUGGAAAGACGCUCUUGUGGGACCCCAAGACGUUAACACCACUGAAAGACCUCACCACUCAUAUGGCUACCGACCCCGGUUCGAUGCUCAGCAUUUGUAAGGUGAAGCAACUGGUGUCAUGGAAAGUAUGGACUGCCUGUUCUGGGGGGAAGAUUUAUUGUUGGAAUGCAGAUUCUAUUCCUAUAGCGUUUGAUGGUCCCACAGCCGGCAAGGACGCUGUUGAUGUUAGCGAUGCGGUGCAGCUGCUUACAGAAAAUAAAGGCUUGCGAGGCGAAAUAGAAAAGUUGAGGAGGCAGCUGAUGGGUGAGGCCGAGGAUGGGGGGUCUUCGGCAAACAGAGGGUCUGCGAGUGUGUCACCAUCAAGAGCCAAAAGUGUUCCUUCUCAUCCGCGGCACCAUGAGUCCAAAAUGGGACGAGGAACCUCCCCGUCGGCAACUCCACCGGGGAAAAGGCGGUCUCCCCCUGCGUUUUCUGCUGAAUACGCCAACGAUACUCCUAUUCACGAGAGAGCAAACACGGCCUCCAGGGAGGGUGAUGAUGCACGAGGUUGCACGACAUGUCAUGAGAGAUUUUUCUAUGGUGAUGCAUGGGAAUUUAUCUUCAGGCAAGACACGGAAGAGCUGUGCGCAGUGAUCCGUCAUGAAGUUGCUACUGUCCUCGGCAUUCCGGCCGAUCAGGUGCAAAUCACCCAAAUGGAACUUGGCAGUGCUGGCCAGGGGUGUGUUGUGAAGCUGAAUAUACAGCACAGUGCGAGUUUGCCUCCUUCAGAAAUUGAUACUAUGCUAAGCAAUUAUCCAUUUAUUGAUGUCUAUGAGUUGUAUGGUCGUUACCUCGCGAAGAAGUACGGGGACCCUAACGAAGUGCAUGUUUCAGAGAGUGGAAGUGGGACGUUGGGUGGGCAGGUGCACCGGUCCCUGUGCGUUGACGACAGCAGAGGGGAGGAGGAGAUGGCAAAUGGUUACGACGACCCUACGCCACUCCAAAAUAUGAUCAACACGUUAUUGAAGGAGAACGAAGAACUGCGGGGCCAGUUAAUGCCAAAGGCGGAGACACCACCAGACGAAAACAAUGCUGAGGUUCGGACAGCGUUAACUAACUACGAAGAAGAGAGGAUGAAGCCCCGGAUUGCACAACUUGAGAAGGCUCUUGCCGAGAGAGAUGAAACGCUUCACAGAAAGGAUGAACGGAUAAGGCAAUUGGAGAGGGAACUUGAGGCAACCAAGUCCGAUACCGGUAUGAAGGAAGUCAUGAAAGACCUGCGCAAAAGAGAGAAGAAACUGUUGACUGAAGUUGAAGCACUCACAUCUCAGGUGGAGGCAAUGGAAGAAGAUAAGAGGAGAGCGGAAGACGAUGCCAGCUUCUACCGAAGGGAAAAUGAGUUGUUACGCAAUCGUAUCUCUGCAAUGAAUGAACAAAUGGCAAAGGCAUCAGGUUCUGAAGCAGAGGAAAUGCAAAAGGUAUUGACGAGUUAUGAGGAAGAAAAUGUAAAACCGAGGAUAGCGCGACUUGAGGAGGUCAUCGCAGAGAAGGAUGAAAACCUUCAGUCACGGGACGAGAAGAUAAAGAAGCUCGAAGAUGAACUUGAGGCGGCAAAACAGGAAGCGAAAUUUGCAUCGGGGGAAAGUGUGAAGAGUAACGGCAAAGCAGGGAGUGAAACGGAAACAUCGCUCUUAACGGAGGUGCAGGUGCUUAGAGACCAGGUGGAGGCAAUGGAAGAAGAUAAGAGGAGAGUGGAAGACGAUGCCAGCUUCUACCGAAGGGAAAAUGAGUUGUUACGCAAUCGUAUCUCUGCAAUGAAUGAACAAAUGGCAAAGGCAUCAGGUUCUGAAGCAGAGGAAAUGCAAAAGGUAUUGACGAGUUAUGAGGAAGAAAAUGUAAAACCGAGGAUAGCGCGACUUGAGGAAGCGGUUUCUCAGAGGGACGAGGUUCUUCGUUCACAAGAUGAACGGAUAAAGGAGCUGACGAGAGAAAUUGAAGAAAAUCGGAGAGAAGACAAGAAGGGUUCCUACCACGUUACAGACGAGGCUGUUGUAGCGUCCAAGGAGGAAGUUCAGGCACUGAAGAAUCAAAUGAAAGCAAUGAAAAAGGAAAAAGAAAAACUGGAAAAUGAGUCUAAGCUCUAUAGGAAGGAGAAUGAGUCGCUGAAGGAACGGCUUUCUGAGACGAAUGAUCAGCUGAAGAAGUCAUCACCUCUUCACGAAGAGGAGAAACAAAAGGUGCUGUCAAGAUACGAGGAAGAAAAUAUGAAAGCGAGAGUCGCGCGACUUGAGGAAGCCGUUACUCAGAGGGAUGAGGCUCUUCGUGCAAAGAGCGAGCGGAUACGCCAACUGGAGAAGGAACUGAGGGCAGCGCACCGAGAAGUGAAGGCUGCUCUCGAGGAGAGCAAGAAAAGCAGCAGUCGGCUUCACAGCGACUCCACGCAGACAUCGGCAGAGGAACUGAGGUCUCUCAUGACAAAAGCAAGGGAAAGAGAAAAAGAAAAAUUAAAGAAUGAGUCUAAGCUCUAUAGGAAGGAGAAUGAGUCGCUGAAGGAACGGCUUUCUGAGACGGAUGAUCAGCUGAAGAAGUCGUCGUCUCUCGACGAAGAGGAGAAACAAAAGGUGCUGUCAAGAUACGAGGAAGAAGACGUGAAGCCGAGAGUGGCACGACUUGAGGAAGCCGUUACUCAGAGGGAUGAGGCUCUUCGUGCAAAGGAUGAGCGGAUACGCCAACUGGAGAAGGAACUGAGGGCAGCGCACCGAGAAGCGAAGUCUGCUCUCGAGGAUGGCAGGAGAAACAGCAGUCGGCUUCACAGCGACUCCACGCAGACAUCGGCAGAGGAACUGAGGUCAUUGAAAACAAAGAUGGAUGAAAUGGAGAAUGACAAACGAAGGCUGAAUGAAGAAAUCGUCCUGUUAAGAAAGGAAAACGAGACACUAAAGCGAAAUUUGGGUGACGUAAUGAGGAGGUUAAAGAAUCCAUCAAGUUUCAUUGCAAGCGAGAAACAGAAAUUGCUGUCGAGCUACGAGGAAGAACACGUGAAACCGAGAAUUACACGACUUGAGCAUGCGGUUACUCUGAGGGACGAGAGACUUCAAGCAAAGGAGGAUCGGAUACGUCAACUGGAGAGGGAACUCGAUGCCCUGCGGUAUGGUGGUAAAAAUGAUGUGGAUAACAAUGCAGUGGAAGAUGGUAAGACCUUCCGCCAGCUGGAAGAGGCACUCUUAGUUGAAAUUCAAGGAGUAAAGGAUCAAAUGAGGGCAAUGGCAAAGAGCAAUCAAAAAAUGCAAGAAGAAGCUGUUUGUCUAAUGAGGGAGAAUCAGAUGCUGAGAGAUCGUCUUGCGGAGGCGUGUGAACAGCUCGGAAAGACACCAUCUAUCGAGGCGAGGGAGACUAGUCGAGAACUAGUGAAGUGUGAGGAUGUAAGUCCUAACCCUAGAAUAGCACAGCUUGAGCAAGCCGUAACUGAGAGGGAUGAAAUACUCCACACAAAGGAUGAACGGAUAAGGCAACUGGAGAGGGAACUCGAGAUGUUUCAGCACGAAAACAGGGCGAUAUGUGGCAACAGAGAUUGUCGGGACGCAGGAAGGAAGUUGGCGGCUGAAAACCAAGAACUGAGGAAUCUGGUGAAGUAUAUUGAGAAUGACAAGCAGAAGCUGGAGCACGAGGCCAGUUUUUUCAAGCAUGAAAACGAUGCUCUGAUCGGCCGUAUCGCGGAGCUGGAAAGUACUCCAAGAGCGCCGUCCUUGUCACCAACUAAGACUCAUACCCUUUCGGGUGAUAGGGAGGCUCUUAUGUCGCGGCUGGGCACUGCAAUCGAGCAGGUUCACAAUGUUCAGAAAGAAAGAGAGGCUGCAGAACGCAAGAUUGCUGUAUUGCAGGAGGAUUGUAGGGACCUCCGUAUGAGGCUUCAGCACGCUUCUGAUACUCCUGUACGUAAUGAAGCGUUGUUUCCGUCUUCCACUAACUGUGACGGCACAUACCAAACAGGUCUUCACAGUGGAGAGGAUGCUCAUUUAAUUGAAAGUGCGAGGGGAGCGCCUCACAGUAGUAGUGACGCCAUUGUUGAGUUAUUGCCCGACAGAUUAACCGCAUUGGAGGAUACGAUGGCGUCUUUAAAUACAGGACUUCAUGACGCUAUACGUCGUUUGAGCUCCGUAAGCGACAACAGCGCGCUGCUACGCACACAAAUUGCGGAUAUGCUCUCGCAGCGUUCGUCUCACAAUCUGAUUACUGAUCCUCAUGAGAGGUCGUAG